AUGCAAACGACAGGAGUUAAGUCAAAGUCUAGGUCCAGAAUCUCCGGAACUCAAAGGGAAUGGUACAACUGGCUAACUACCCACGUACCAUCAUCCAUCAGGAAAGGCGUGUCCGACGCUUUUAACACCAUGAGGAAGAAGGUUGUAAAACUGUACAGCGGUAAAGAGGAAGAAGAGGACCAGUGGUACGACGCAAGGGAGAACUUCAGCGACGAGGACGGACAGUGGUACGACUCCAAUCCGGGAGAGGACCUCAUGAAACCCAUCCUUACCAAGCGUGGUAUAAAAAAUAAGGUAAAGAAGUAUGUCAUCAAUCCUAACGGAUCGUACGACCCGGUCCACUUCCUCGAUAUCACAAGGGACGAGGUUGAGGCGUUUAUAAAUUCUGAAACAGAACCGAGGAACGUAAACAUGUCUCUAGCAUGCGAGAUGGUAAGGAACGAUCCGAAAACUGAGGAAGAAGUAUCCGUCGUCGCACACUUCAGAUCAAAAACCCACAAACUCAUCGGUAUAGAUGACACGGAAGAGUCCUUUAACACCAUGAACGAAAAGAUGCUAAAAUCCUUUUCCGAAUACCAGAAGCGUGGUAGCGGGUGGAGGCUUCGGAGGGUAGAUCUGCUCGAAAUUCAUAUCGGAGAAUACCAACCGUUAAUGGGAAAGGGCUACGAACCAUUAUCCGAGACAAUCAGGAAAAAGAAAGCGAUCAUCAACAUGAAGAACGACGAUGAUGAAUGUUUCAAGUGGGCUGUAUCUCGCGCACUGAAUCCUGUCAACAUCCAUCCGGAAAGGAUUUCAAAGGAACUUAAGGAACGGUCCAGAAAGCUAGACUGGGAAGGAAUAGAGUUUCCAACACCCCUAAGCAAAGUUAAAAAGUUUGAAAAGAACAAUAACAUCGGUGUUAACGUGUUUGGACUUGACGGAUGUCAUAAGGUAUGUCCCUUGAGAAUAUCCAACAGUGUUGAUUCCAUAAACCUCUUCUUGUGGAAGAACCAUUAUAGUGUUAUCAGGGAUAUGUCCAGGCUUGUAGGCGAACAGGUCAGCGAUCAUGGACACAAAAAACACAUCUGCAAUCGUUUGCCUUAACGCAUUCGGAUCGAGCGGGCUCUUGGAGAAACAUCUGGAGUUAUGUUCGAACAACAACUAUCGGAGGCAUGAGUACCCAGAACCCGGUACUACUACGGAGUUUAUGAAUUAUGAAAGAAUACAAACCGUUCCGUUUGUCAUCUAUGCGGACUUGGAAUGCUAUAUCGAAGGGAUGGACACGGUUGGACAAAACCCUAACAGAUCAAGUACCACUCAAUACCAAAAGCAUAGCCCCAUCGGAUUCUGUUACUACGUCAAGUGUUUCAACAAUUCCAUUUACAAACCCAAGCUGGUACACUAUACCCAACAACACGAGGGAGAAGACGUUACCAAAAAGUUUGUGGAUAUGUUGGAAGAGGAAGUCCAUGAUAUAUACAACAGGUUUAAAUUCAAGGAAUCUAUCGAGAUAGAUCGGAAGAGAUAUCGUAAAUUAUGAAGAGACGACUGUCUGUUAUGCAUGUAGAAAGGAAUUCACCACAGAAGACAAUAAGGUUAGUGACCAUUGUCACUAUACGAGAGCGUACAGGGGUGCGGCACACAAUACGUGUAACCUAAAAAUGAGAAAACCGAGAUUCAUCCCGGUACUUUUUCAUAACCUCGAAGGAUACGAUGCUCAUCUAUUUAUCAGAAACCUUGGGUAAGUAGUGGAGACAUCAAAUGUAUUCCUAAAACGGAGGGGAAGUACAUUUCCUUUACCAAGGAGAUAGAAGUCGCUAGGUUUACCAACGAAGAAUGAAAGGAGAAGAAGGUCAAAAGGGAGCUAAGGUUCCUGGACUCAUUUAAGUUCAUGGCAAGCUCCCUGGACAAGCUCGUCAAUGGUUUGGGUGAGGAUGACUUCAGAAAUUUGGAUCUGAUGUCGAAACGUAAUACCAAAGAACAGAAGGAGCUUCUUAAACAGAAGGGUGUUUACCCUUAUGAAUAUAUGGAUGGUUUUGAGAGGCUUGAAGAAACACGGCUCCCACCGAAGGAGAAGUUCUUCAACAAGCUAAGUAACGAAAACAUCAGCGACGUCGAAUAUGGGAGAGCACAGGACGUGUGGAACGCCUUCAACAUGAAAACCAUGAGGAACUAUCACGAUCUGUACCUGAAAACGGACGUCCUUCUUUUGGCAGAUGUGAUGAAAAAAAAAUGA